GUUGUGAAUGGCCAAGGCGGGAAGAGGAAGCAACGGUUUGAAAAACUCGCGAAUUUCUCGCGCUCUGUGUUUGUUUGUUAAUUUUUAUGGGUGUCAAGGAGUUGUGGACUGUCCUGACGCCCCACGCCGAACGCAAGCCCAUCAAUGAGCUGCGGGGCAAGAAGGUGGCCAUUGACUUGGCCGGCUGGGUGUGCGAGUCGCUUAAUGUUGUGGACUACUUUGUGCAUCCUCGCCACCAUUUAAAAAACCUAUUCUUUCGCACUUGCUAUCUGAUUUGGGAAAAGGUCACUCCCGUCUUCGUUUUGGAGGGAGUUGCUCCCAAGCUCAAGAGCCAGGUCAUAGCCAAGCGGAAUGAGCUGCAAUUUCGGGGAGUUAAACCCAAGGAGGCCUCGGCAGGUAGCUCCCAAGCUCCAAAGGGCGACAAGGGUCGCACCCGGUUCAACCAUGUCCUCAAACAGUGCGAAACAUUGCUGCUGUCUAUGGGAAUCCAGUGUGUCCAGGGCCCAGGCGAAGCGGAGGCUUACUGCGCCUUUCUCAACAAGCAUGGCUUAGUUGACGGCGUCAUAAGCCAGGACUCGGAUUGCUUUGCUUAUGGAGCUGUUCGGGUUUACCGCAACUUCUCGGUGUCCACCCAAGGAGCUCAGGCGGCGUCUGGGGGUGCUGUGGACAUCUACGACAUGAGGGAGAUCACAGCCCGCAUGGACUUUGGUCAACACAAGAUUAUAGUGAUGGCUUUGCUUUGCGGCUGUGACUACUGUCCCGAUGGCAUCGGUGGCAUAGGCAAGGAUGGCGUCUUGAAGCUCUUCAACAAGUAUAAGGAGACGGAGAUUCUGGCCAAGCUUCGAAACUGGCGGCAGGAGACCAGCAAAUACAAUGCCCUCGAGAUUCGUGUGGACGACAAGUCUGUGUGCAGCAACUGCGGGCACUUGGGCAAGACCCAAAGCCACACCAGAAGCGGCUGCAGUGAGUGUCGAACCCAUCGAGGCUGCGAUGAGAGCCUCUGGAAGGAACAGCGUUUAUCCAUUAAGGCGGAACUUGCCUUGCGCCGGAAGGCUUUGUUAGCUCCUGAAUUUCCCAACGAGGAGAUCAUAGCCGAGUUCCUCAGCGAACCGGACACCAUCCCUAGCAUAAAUCUCAACUGGCGGCAGCCGAAUCUCGUCAAGUUCAUCAAGCAAAUUGGGCAUCUUCUGCAAUGGCCGGAGAUCUACUGCUUCCAGAAGUUCUUUCCCAUUCUUACACGCUGGCAGGUGCAGCAAUCAAAGCAGGAAAAGGCUUUGAUUGAGCCGCGAGAGAUCCUUAAGAAGCGCACGGUCAAGGGAGUGGCCAGCUUGGAGCUGAAAUGGCAUGAUCCUAGCGGUAGUUUCAAGGGUCUCAUACCCGAUGAACAGGUGGCCGAGUUUGAGCUGGAGCAUCCAAAGGGAAUCGAAGAGCUGUUCUACACCAUUGAGCCUUUGGAUAUGAUGGAACAGGCCUUUCCAGACUUGGUAAGUGCCUUCUUCAAGUCCAAGGAGAAGCCUCCCAAGAAAACCACGCGAAAGAAGAAAACAGCUUCAGAGGAAAAGGAGAAUGAGCCGGAACAGGAAGUGAAACCAAAACCAAAGCGAGUUGUUCGAAAGAAAAAAACUCCCGCCGAACCAGGUCAACCUUUAUUGCAGCAAUUCCUGAACCGUGGAAAGGAAAGCCACCAAACUCCCAUCAAGAGUUCUCCUUUACAACAGCGCCAGCAAUGCUCCUCUACUCCCAUUACCAAGUGCUUGCCCUCUGAUCUGGAAAGCGACUGCGACGAGGAAGAGUUUAAUAUGUCCGAUAUUGUCAAAGGGAUCAUAAGCAAUCCCAAGGCAAGACCAGCUUUGUUGACCCAGCACCAAGGACACCAGUUGCACUAUGAGCCUAUGGCCGAAGAUUUGAGUUUAAGGCUGGCCCAGAUGAGUCUAGGCGGCGAAGAGGAGGCGCAGACUAAGAGAGAUCUUUCUCAAAUGGAGCAACAGCCGCCGAGCAGUAAACGUUUCUCCCUGGAUGACAGCUUUGAUAGAUUGGUGAAUGGAAAUCCUAGAAAGGCCUCACAUAUCAUAGAGCCGGCCAGGACACCAGUGGAGCGAUUUAAGCUAAAGCAACGCCUCAGCAUCAGGAUUCCAAGUCCUGUGAAGCCGCUGGCUAGUGUGAGUUUCUUCUUCAACCAAAGCAGCGACCAGGGAGAUGCCUUCGAGGAGCUGAUGAACUCCAGUUUGUUGAUUGAGAAAAACAAAGAGGAGGUGGAAAGAGAAGAUGAGGAGGAUAAUGAGGAUGAAGAGGAGGAUCAGGAUAGCCAGCAGGAGGAUGAGAAGGAGGAGGAGCAGGAUGAGGAGCAAGAAAAUGAGCAGCAAGAGGACGAGGAUGAUGACCUCAUCGUAAUCAGUGAUUAAACAGUUUCCGCAUUUUAUUCACAAUAGAAAACAUUAAAGGGGAAAGCUAA